AACGCUCGGAACAGAAAUGCCUUGUUGGUGUGAUACUGUCUUAGAUUAACUUAUUUGGCGCACCAUCCUCUCCGGCAGGAUGUUUUUGAUAGCUCUCUACUAAGCUUUACGGGUUGCGCGCCGUGUCGCCAGCGAAUGACGAAACGCGCAAAAAGAAACCUCGCGCACACGGUUGACGCAAGCACCGUGGGGGACUAGUGAAAACAGAGGCGCUUUUAUUGGAAUAAGAAACAGAACAGCCAUGAACUGGAACAAAGGUGGUCCUGGUGUGAAGCGAGGUUUUGGCUUUGGGGGGUUUUCACUCGCAGGAAAAAAAGAAGAGCCUCGCCUUACUCAAGAAUCACACACAUCAUUUGGAGGCCCAGGAUCUGGAAGUGGUGGAUAUGGGAAGAACCAGCAGCUCCCAUCAUUCUACAAAAUAGGGACCAAAAGAGCUAAUUUUGAUGAGGAAAAUGCAUAUUUUGAAGAUGAUGAAGAGGAGUCCAGCAGUAACAUGGAUCUGCCUUACAUCCCAGCUGAAAACUCACCCACACGGCAACAGAUGCAGUCAGGUGGUGGCUCAGACAGCGAAGAUGACCCUUUGGAUGCUUUCAUGGCCGAAGUUGAGAACCAAGCAGCUAAAGACAUGAAGAAACUAGAGGAAAAGGAGAAGGAGAAAAAGUCAGCCAAGGGUAUUCGUGAUGACAUUGAAGAAGAAGAUGAGCAAGAAGCUUACUUCCGCUACAUGGCAGAGAAUCCCACCGCCGGGCUGACACAGGAAGAGGAGGAGGAAAACAUUGAUUAUGACAGUGAUGGGAAUCCAAUUCCCUCUACAACCAAGAAAAUUAUCAUGCCACUUCCUCCUAUUGACCACUCAGAGAUUGAUUAUCCACCCUUUGAGAAAAACUUUUACGAAGAGCAUGAGGAACUCAGCAGCUUGACUGGAACUCAGGUGCUGGAGUUGAGGCAUAAACUGAACUUACGAGUAUCUGGUGCUGCCCCUCCAAAACCUUGUACCAGCUUUGCCCACUUUAAUUUCGAUGAGCAACUAAUGCACCAAAUUCGGAAGUCUGAAUACACUCAGCCCACACCAAUUCAGUGUCAGGGUGUCCCCAUUGCGCUGUCAGGACGUGAUAUGAUAGGUAUUGCAAAAACGGGCAGUGGCAAAACUGCAGCUUUUAUCUGGCCAAUGCUGGUUCAUAUCAUGGACCAAAAGGAACUGGAGCCUGGGGAAGGACCCAUCGCAGUCAUCGUGUGCCCUACCAGAGAGCUUUGUCAGCAGAUCCAUGCAGAAUGUAAGCGCUUUGGGAAAGCCUACUCAUUGCGUUCAGUGGCUGUAUAUGGAGGAGGCAGCAUGUGGGAGCAAGCCAAGGCUUUGCAGGACGGUGCAGAGAUUGUUGUGUGCACUCCAGGUCGUCUGAUAGACCACGUUAAAAAGAAGGCCACGUCUCUGCAGAGAGUAACAUACCUGGUGUUUGAUGAGGCUGAUCGAAUGUUUGAUAUGGGCUUUGAAUAUCAGGUUAGAUCCAUUGCCAGCCACGUUCGCCCAGACAGACAGACUCUUCUGUUUAGUGCUACAUUUCGGAAGAAGAUAGAGCGGCUUGCUAGAGACAUUUUGGUUGAUCCCAUUCGUGUCGUGCAGGGAGACAUUGGAGAGGCCAAUGAGGAUGUGACUCAGGUAGUGGAGAUGCUGGUCAGUGGGUCUGAUAAAUGGGGCUGGCUGACUCGCCGGCUGGUCGAAUUCACCUCCACAGGAUCGGUCCUCAUUUUUGUCACCAAGAAGGCCAACUGUGAGGAGCUAGCUACUAACCUGAAUCAAGAGGGCUACAGCCUGGGCCUCCUGCAUGGUGAUAUGGACCAGAGCGAGAGGAACAAGGUCAUCAGUGAUUUCAAGAAGAAGAACUUGCCCGUUCUGGUGGCCACUGAUGUAGCUGCUCGUGGUCUGGACAUCCCAUCAAUUCGUACGGUGGUGAACUACGACGUUGCACGAGACAUCGACACACACACCCACAGGAUCGGUAGAACGGGUCGUGCUGGAGAGAAAGGUGUGGCCUACACUCUCCUCACCAAUAAAGACACAUCAUUUGCUGGGGACCUGGUGCGGAAUCUGGAGGGAGCUAAUCAGGCUGUUUCCAAAGAACUGAUGGACUUGGCCAUGCAGAAUCCCUGGUUCAGGAAGUCACGAUUCAAGGGUGGCAAAGGAAAGAAACUGAAUAUUGGUGGAGGUGGUCUUGGUUACAGAGAGAGACCCGGCCUUGGGGCUGAAAGUUCUGAUCGUAGCAGCACUAGUAGCUUGUUGUCUUCCACUAGUAGCUAUGAAGGCUACAGCAAACCAACUACUGGGGCAAUGGGGGAUCGCAUGUCUGCAAUGAAACAAGCCUUCCAGGCUCAAUAUAAGAGCCACUUUGUAGCUGCAUCCAGCGGCCCCCCAAAGCUCAGUGCCAAGUCUAGUGGCUCCUCAGGAUGGACCAGUGCCGGCAGCCUGAGCUCUGUGCCAACAGAAUCUGCCAAUGGCUCAGAACGGUCUCACAGUGCUACCUUGUCCAUGGUGGGUUUCACCAGUGCUGGCUCCCUGAGCUCAGUGGCCCCCACCAGUCAAACCAGUUCACUCCAGAGCUACACUCCACCUGCACCUCCGUCACAGAGAGAGAGCUCACGUGAUAGACACGGGGACGACCGGGGGCGUCACGGUGACAGUCAACACCGCCAUAGCGACAGGAACGAUCGAUACAGUAGCGAGGAUCGCUACGGAGACCGGGAUCGUCACGGGGAUAGAGAUAGAGAUCGUGACCGCCACGGCGACCGUGAUCGCCACAGCAGCAGCCGCCACAGUGACAGUCGUAACGGAGAUGGAAGCAAGAGGGACAGAGAUGAUCGGAGGAGUGAUAGGGAUGGGGGAGACAGGGGGAGUGGAGAUGGGAGGGACAGAGGAAGCGAUAGCUUUGCUGUCCCUGAACCACCUAAACGUAGAAAGAGCAGAUGGGACAACUAAAGAGAACAUAAACACAUUAAUCGAUCUUUAUGUGCACCCAACUGCUCCAUAACAAGCUUGUCUGUAAAGGCAGAUAGCAGAGCAUAUCCGAGGCUGACACAAGCACAGAACCGUAGGGGAUAUUUUAUAGAUUUCGAUUAGAUAGGAAGUGUACCAAACCUCCUAUCAGGCUGGUUAGGACAUCAUGGUUUGGAGUUUAACAGUUUGGUCAGAUCAGCAUAAGCGGCUCCGAGACAGCUACUGUACAUAUACCAUCUAAGACUGUUGUUAUUGUAAGUCAAGUCAAGCAAUACAGCUGUAAUAAAUCCUCCUGUCCAUUAAAAACAAUCAAAUUAG